CGAUUUCACCGGAUAAGGUACACUGCGCUUAGAUUGAGAGGAGAGAGAUCGCGCCUUCGCAGGAGCCUUUGCGCUCGUCUGGUUCGCUUUUAGGUAAGCCGCAAUCCUCCAUUUCUCCUGCGAUCCAAUGGUCAGGUUUGUGCGGUGCCCAGACGGACAAACGGGACUUGAUUGCGCACGCAAUGUGCGUGUCGAUGAGUUUUCCGAUCUUCUUCGCGCGCACACAGGAUCGACUCGGUGCGAAAGACACACAUUUCAGUCGGUCGGCGUCUGAGGACUGUCCUCCAUCGGCAUUGUAAUCUUUUGCGCCAUUUUUAAAUCUUGAAGCUGACAGACCUGAUGGUGCAGUCGUUCGCUCGUUUCCCUAGGCAGCUUGGCUCGCUUUUAUCUAACGCAACGCCACCUUUACCUACCACCCGUCAUUCCCUCCGCUCGUCAUGGCGGAUCAAAAUGACGUGGACUUGGACUCCAUCAUCGACCGCCUGCUCGAAGUGCGCGGAAGCAGACCUGGCAAGCAAGUUCAGCUGCUCGAGGCUGAGAUCCGAUUCCUUUGCACCAAGGCUCGCGAGAUUUUCAUCUCUCAGCCCAUCUUGUUGGAACUUGAGGCUCCCAUAAAGAUCUGCGGUGAUAUUCAUGGACAAUAUUACGAUUUGCUCCGACUUUUCGAGUACGGUGGAUUUCCUCCGGAAGCCAACUACCUCUUCUUGGGAGACUAUGUCGAUCGCGGCAAGCAAUCACUCGAGACCAUUUGCUUGUUGCUCGCCUACAAGAUCAAGUACCCAGAGAAUUUCUUCAUCUUGCGCGGCAAUCACGAAUGCGCUUCGAUUAACCGUAUCUAUGGUUUCUAUGAUGAGUGCAAGAGGCGCUACAACAUCAAGCUAUGGAAGACAUUCACGGAUUGCUUCAACUGCUUGCCCAUCGCCGCCAUCAUCGACGAGAAGAUCUUCACCAUGCACGGAGGUUUGAGCCCGGAUCUCAACUCGAUGGAGCAGAUUCGUCGCGUGAUGCGCCCUACGGAUGUGAGUGAAAUCGGAUGCCCGCCCAUUCAUUGACCCUAGAAUCUCAUGCUAAUGAUGUACAGAUUCCCGACUGUGGCCUGCUUUGCGAUCUGCUAUGGUCUGAUCCGGACAAGGACAUCACUGGCUGGAGCGAAAACGACCGUGGUGUAUCCUUCACAUUCGGCCCCGACGUUGUGUCG